AGCACGGCUUCUGAAAUGUCGUCAGUGAGCAGCGACUGCCCACACUUGGAAUCGGUUGGUGAAAUAACAAAAGAGGAAUUGAUACAGAAAUCUCAUGGCACUUGUCAGGAAUGUAAAGUUGGAGGACCCAACCUUUGGGCAUGCUUAGAGAACAAAUGCUCAUAUGUUGGCUGUGGUGAAUCCCAUGUAGAUCACAGUACUACCCAUUCACAGGAAACAAAACACUGUCUAACUGUCAACCUUACUACACUCCGUGUUUGGUGUUAUGCCUGUAGUAAGGAAGUAUUCUUGGACAGAAAAUUGGGCUCUCACUCUCUGCUACCGAAUGCAAGAUUGUCUCACCAAACACAAGAAAAUAGUGUGCAGGAUUUUAAAAUACCUAGUAAUCCUGUACUGAAGAUUCCACUAGCAGCUGUAUUUGAUGAUCUAGAUGCAGAAGUGGAAGAAGAUGAGUUGAAGACCAGAGGUCUUACAGGAUUAAAAAAUAUUGGAAACACAUGUUAUAUGAAUGCGGCUUUACAAGCACUUUCCAACUGCCCACCUUUGACACACUUUUUUCUUGAUUGUGGAGCCUUAGCCAGAACCGAUAAGAAACCAGCAAUUUGUAAAAGUUACCUCAAGCUGAUGACAGAACUCUGGCACAAAAGCAGGCCUGGUUCUGUUGUUCCCACUGGUCUAUUUCAAGGAAUUAAAACAGUUAAUCCAACAUUUCGAGGCUAUUCACAACAGGAUGCACAAGAAUUUUUGCGUUGUUUAAUGGACUUGCUUCAUGAAGAACUGAAAGAGCCUGUUGUAGAAGUGGAAGAUGCCCAACCUAUGAGUGUUGAAGAAAGUAUGGAAGGAGACGAGAGCCCUUCAGACAUAGGCUUUCAGUCUUGUGAAACCCAUGGUACCAGCGAUAAAUCAGAAAAUGAGUCUGUCUUCAAACCUGUCUUGGAGGAUUCUGCAGAGACAGCUAUGUUAAUUCAGGAUGAUGAAAACACUUCAGUCAUGUCCAAAGAUUGGCAGAAAGAAAAGGCAUUGUGCAACAAGCUUAACCAAGAAAGCUCUAUGGAAGACUUGGAAAAAGAUGUAAAUGUUGCUUCAGAAACCACUGAAUUUUUAAAUAAUCAAGGAACUGUCAAAGUGCAGAUACACAGCAGAUUCUCAGAAUACAUCAGUGAUGUCCACAUGAAUGAUCUGUCUACAGUCCAAAGCGCCUCAUCGAAUGAAGGGAUAAAUGUACACUUAUCAAGCAGUCCUCCAAAAUCAUGCUCAUCAUGCCCAUCCCUGGUGCCAGCCCACAAAAAAGUUGCAACUGUGUCUUCACCAAAAAGGAAGAAACGCAAGAAGUACAGGAGUGUUAUCUCUGACAUAUUUGAUGGGACUAUAAUAAGCUCAGUACAGUGCUUGACUUGUGAUCGGGUGUCUGUAACCCUGGAGACCUUUCAGGAUCUGUCUUUGCCUAUUCCAGGUAAGGAAGAUCUUGCUAAGCUCCAUUCUGCAAGUCAUCAGACUUCACUAGUCAAAGCAGGAUCAUGUGGAGAAGCAUAUGCACCCCAGGGAUGGAUAGCUUUUUUUAUGGAGUAUUUCAAAAGCUGGUUUUGGGGUCCAGUUGUAAACUUACAAGACUGUCUUGCUGCCUUUUUCGCCAGAGAUGAGCUUAAGGGUGAUAACAUGUACAGUUGUGGAAAGUGUAAAAAGUUAAGAAAUGGAGUUAAAUUCUGCAAAGUCCAAAAGUUUCCUGAGAUAUUGUGCAUUCAUCUCAAAAGAUUUAGACAUGAACUUAUGUUUUCCACGAAAAUCGGGACUCACGUAUCCUUUCCCCUGGAAGGACUUGAUCUUCAGCCUUUCCUUGCCAAGGACAGUCCAGCCCAAAUAGUGACUUAUGAUCUGUUAUCUGUCAUCUGCCAUCAUGGAACUGCCAGCAGUGGACAUUAUAUAGCUUAUUGUCGGAACAAUUUAAAUAACUUGUGGUAUGAAUUUGAUGACCAGAGCGUCACAGAAGUAUCUGAAUCUACUGUGCAAAAUGCAGAAGCCUAUGUUCUCUUCUACAGGAAGAGCAGUGAAGAAGCACAGAGAGAAAGAAGGAGGAUAUCAGGAUUGCUGAAUAUGAUGGAACCAAGUCUUCUUCAGUUCUAUGUUUCCAGACAGUGGUUAAAUAAAUUUAAGACUUUUGCAGAGCCAGGACCAAUUUCAAAUAAUGAUUUUCUCUGUAUGCAUGGAGGUGUUCCUCCCCCCAAGGCAAGUUUCAUAGAAGACCUGGUGGUAAUGCUGCCUCAAAAUAUAUGGGAUAAUCUGUAUAGCAGGUUUGGAGGGGGACCAGCUGUUAAUCAUCUGUAUGUUUGUCAUACUUGUCAAAUGGAGUCUGAAAGGAUUGAAAAGAGGAGGAAAAAUGAAUUGGAAAUGUUUAUUCGGGUAAAAAAGUAA